GUCAACCUCAGGUGAAGUUCACCUUGUGUUUUGAGACAAGGUCUCUCACUGAGACCUAAAGCUCACAGACUUGGCUACUGUGGCAGGCCAGUGAACCCUGGAGCCCUCUGCCUCAGCUUCCCCAGUGGCUGGAUAUUGGGCUCAGGUCCUUAAGCUUGCGCCUGAGUCACCACCCAGGCCAGCUAUAGGAUUUGCAAUUGCACGAAUGAAGAAUUAACCAGCUCCACCGUUUAGUGUUAGAAAGCUAGGCAAUCGCAGAUCCUAUCGCCAAUGGCAUUUUGGAAAACAUCUAUGCUUCCCCUAUGCUAUAUCGUCACAACAUACCAACACCAAGUCACCAAAGCACUUGGGAUUACUGGCGUAAGUAUUUGCCUGGGCUGUGGAUAUUAUCCUUGACCCUUUCUAUGUGACUUUGGUAAUUUGCUUAACUCUGAAUGCAUCUGUAGAAGGGGACAUGAAUACUUUCUUCACUGGGAUCCUUCUGAAUGACAUAAGCAAGGCUGAAUUAUAUAUUGAGAAGGUACACAUAUAACUUAGAGAUCAGUAUUUUUUUCUCCACGAUGGCACUACGAAAGUCCCCCGAUGGCUUUCUCUAGAUGCUGGACCAGGGUGUGGUAGAGAGUGAGGGCUUUUCCUGACUGCCUAAAUCAGCACGGCAAAUACACAACUAAAAGAGAACACAAGUCAACGAUAGCAGUAUGCUGACUUGAUACUGAGAUCACACACAAGAAAGACAAAGAAGGGGGAACAAAUUCCGUACAGAAAUAUGUAAGAAAACUUAAUAGGUGAGGUGAGAGUUUAGAAUAGGACAGGUUCCUCAGGAGGAAAGGAACUUUAUGAGUAAAGAUAUUUGUAACUCUGCUAAAAAGAACCUGUCUUGCCCUGACUUGGUGAAAGUGCAGACAGAUACACCUGGAUAGGCGGAGCAGAUUAGAAAAUAAGUGGGCCUUUAACAGUCAAAGGUCUUGUGUGUGUGUGUGUGUGUGUGUGUGUGUGUGUGUGUGUGUGUGUGUGUUUAUGUAUGUAUGUAUGUAUGUUUGCAAAGCAAUACCAAAAGGUGAUUUUGGUCCUUUUAUUUCACCUUUAUUGCUCUCUUCUGGUCUGGCCCAUUAUCUCUAGGUCCAGGGAUGCCAUCAGCUACGCUGAAAGAGAGAAAAAUGUGCUAGCCAGCCCAACGCUCUAUGCUUUGUGCUCCUGUAGCUGACUGACUAAGCAUCCUGUGUCUGAGGAUCACAGAGCAGGCUAACUUUUUCCAUGUUUGUAUUUUCCAUUUCAUCGUGGAGCCCCAGUCACAAGUCCAGACAGAUGCAGUUGGAUCCUUUGGGGCUUGCAACGUGCUGUCAGAAAAAAAAAGUGUCAUUCUCCAUCUCCUCCCUGCCUUACCACCUUUGCGAAGUGCAAAGCUCUUUGCCAGCCUUUUGGAAGAAAUGAAGUAUACUUUGAAGUACAUAUUGGGCUACCAAACCAGGGAACUCAUAGUGUAUACAGAUAAAUUGAGCAAUUUCUCAUUGUCUCAAUACGGAUGACACGUGGUUAAGGUUAGACUUGGGAAGAAAGGAAGUUUCCAACUGUGUUUACCUUUUCAUUCCAACUGGGUGUGCAAGGGUAAACAUGUCUAACUAAAUGACGCUGUUUGUUGGUGCUCUCAUGUUUAGAGAACUGUACUGACUUUGCCUGUGUACUCAUUUGAUUGGUUUUUAAACCUCGUAAAUGACUGAUGCUUUCGUGCUGAGGCCCACAGCACCCCAACAGACCUUCAGUCUUAAUUUCAGCCUUGUGUCUAUAGAGGUCAGUGUGGGAGUCUUAGCUGACUCCACCAUCAUUUAGGGUACCCAGAAGACGUCUGUUUCUGGUGAAACCACAUUCUUCUGUGGAGCUCCUAAACUUUAUCUAAAGAUGGAGUGGGAACCCAUUCUGAAUUCUAGCUCUUGUAUUAACUUUCUACCUCGUUCCCUUUUCUUCAUAUUCAAGAGCCAAGAAAAAAAAGCCUCACCUUUAGAAUCACAUCUUUGUAAAUUUGAACUGUCUCUCAAACCCCAAACAUUUACAGUCUUCAAAUAUGUAGCUUUUGCCACGGAUUGUAACUGUUUGACACUCAAGAGCUAGAGGUUGCUCUUGUUUCUUUACUUCCUCUUUGUCAGUUAUCCAUUGAAGAGACGAUAGCAGAGGCAGGAUCCUCUGACAGCAGGGAGACAGGUCAGUGAGGAUUUACCACAGGAUGAGGAGAUGACAUAAAAAUUUACCUCACGACAGAAGUGGCAAGAAAGGUACAGAAAACUGGAGAAUUCCCUGGUCUCUAUGAGUACUCCAAAUGAAGCACAUGUAUGUGAAGAGUCAUAGCUGAUGUCCACAAAACAUGCAUUUGUCUUUCUGAGUCUGGGUUACCUUGCUCAGAAUGACUGUUUCCAGUUCUAUCAAUUUACCUGUGAGCUUCAUAAUUUUACUUUUCUUAACACCUUAAUAAUAUUGCAUUGUGUAAAUAUGACUCAUUUUCAAUAUCCUUUCACCAGUUGGUGGACCUCUGGAUGUCUUUUGAGGGAGGGAAGGUAUAAAUAGGAAUGAUAGAACACAAAGAGUUAAACUGCAGUGGGGAAGAGAUAGGUUAGAGGAAAGUGUAUGGGAAAGGAUAAAAUAAUAUUAAAGACCUUCUAUAAAAGUCAUAAAGAAACCCACUACAGUAGAUGCACAUGUAUGUGUAUAUGUAUGUAUGUAUGUAUUGUGUAUACAUACCCAAAAAGAGUUAAAAUUAAUUAUAACAAUGUCCUACUAGAAACCACAAGCCAGAAAAAAGUAAUCUCAGUUCCAGCAAUGUGUUGCCUCUUUUGAUUUUGCUGGCAAGUGAGGACUUGUGGAUUUUCUAAACAUUACAGGCUAUUGGUAAUGCAAUGCUAUUUGUUGCUCUCCAGAACUUGACAGUAAUACCCGUUAGCUGAAGACAUCACAUACUUGGGUCAUAAAACAUGGAGAAAUCAAGCUAGUACCUGACAUGGAAGGUUCAUUCCUACUGGUUAGCUUCUGAGAUACUGAAAGGUGCUGUGAAUGAUACUAGAGGAGAGUAACCAUCUAUCUUACCUAGCUGUAAAUGCCUAGAGUUACAAUAAUAACUGACCUUGAGGACAUUUCCACUGGACAAUAGUAGCAUGAAUAUCACGUGAAUAACCAAGCACCUUCUAGCUGUAUUUAAGGCCCCCUCCACAAGGUGAAACCCACACUCGGCACUAUUACUGAGCCAAGAACCUACAGAUACACACAUCAUAGGGCCUAAGAGCUAAUUUAUUACUAUUAUUCUACUAGAGGACAGUAUAUGUAACCAGUUCCUAAUGACUUCUACCCAUGGCCUACUACACUGCUCUGUCCUCUUUAUAGAAGUUUCUACUUGUGAGUAACACAGUAACCCACAUCUGGCCAAAGUUCAGAGAGUAAGAGACUCCUUAAUGCUUAGCCCUAAAUAGAACAUCUUCUUCCCAACACCCAUAGAUCUUUGAGGAGGAAGGGGCAGGAGAGACUGAGGUGGUAGGUGACAACAAGUAAACAGUGUCUUCCAGUCACAGCUGGGCAGCUGCAGAGAUGAAUGCACAGUGGUCGUCACAUCCUGCACAAGAUAUGUGCAAACUCAAGCAAGACCAAACCCCAGCGUGGACAAGGGACUGGGAUAUCAAGUCCCACGGGAGCCAAGGAGAUAUUUGCAAUUUAUAGCUGCUGAAGCAGGUUUUCUGUUUUCUCUUAGAACAUACAUAGCUAUGACCAUUCUCUACCAAAUGGCCACCUGUCUGAGGACAUGCACUUAGCACAAACAGCACUUGGUAUAUUAAACAUUUUAAAGGACACAACGUUAUAUGGGUAGGGAAGUGGUGGUGGGUCUAGAAAAAGUUUACAGAGAGGUUGAAAAUUAUCUAAAUACAUUAUAUGAAGCUCUCUCUCUCUCUCACACACACACACUUGAAUGUGGACCAGUGAGCCAGCCCACAAUCUCAUGGCUUCUCUUUUCUCUUCUCUCUCCCUCCCCUCCCCCUCUCUAAAAUGAGCAUGCUCAAUUCUCUCAAGAGCCACCUCCCUCACUGGGUGAGAUUAACAUCUGAGUUGCAACUCCUUUUCUGGUUUUUUUUUGUUUUGUUCUUGUUUUUGUUUUUGUCUUUGCCAGGUCUGGGCUUGCCUCAGAGAAACAUUGAGGUGGUUUCCCUUCCUCCCUCAAACAUCCCCCCCUUUCAGCCUCUCUUGGUCUGCCCCUUCUUGCCUCAUUCCCACAUGGGGGGAAGCUGAGUCUGAUCUCAUUCUUGGGCUGAGCACAGUACGGUAUUUCUUGGAAAGAUCCAAAUGAAAUGGAUGGGACAGUGAGGACAGGAGUAUUAUAGUUCUCUACAUCAUGUGUGUUUCUUUAAUACAAUACAUGUGAAAACUGCCAUCUUGUCUGAAAGUCCAGGCAGGAACACCCACUUCUAUCCUUCCUCCUCCAUCCCCAGUCUUUCUCUUUCCACAGUGUUUUCCAUUUGAGUGACUGGCAAAGAGAGUGGAACAAGAAGUCACCACCUACGGUGUUUUGAACAGAAUCAAUGUCUGGCACUUUACAAAAGGACUUGCCAAAGACUUCUUAUGUAUUUCCUGGAUGCAGUCAUAUAACACACUGAUGUCUAAGGCUAUGGUGGAGGCCUAGCCAUUCCCUUGCUUGCCCUGAUGAAGAUACUGUACCUGGAAACUUGGGUAUGAUUGGAACAGUUUUUGCUACACACUAAAACCUCUGCAUGGCUGUGUUUGACGGGCCAAUUGAUCACAGCCUGAAAACUUGGAGGCAAGUAAACAUUUGCUCUUUAUAAACGGACUGCUUUAGGUGAGGUUAACAGGGAGAUGACUAGUUUAAUUUAUCGCAUGUCAUUCAGAAGGGACAUUGUCUCCAUAAACUGCUGCCAAUGGACAGGCAGCAGGCAUUCCUAGCAGGAGAGCCCAUUUUCUGUUGUAUUCUUUAUAUUCUUGGGAAAGUACGCCUUAUGGCAAUCGCUGAAUGGAUGAGGCCAGACAGUACUAUAAUUACACUUAGUGCGUCUACAGAGCCCCGCUUCCCAGCCAGAAGCACAGACAGCACAGGCGUAGCAGAGGCUGUUACUUCUACAUUGUUUGGAGAUCUUUGCAGUGGAGCAGAACUAUGUCAGAAAACAGGGUUGAGCUCACAGCGGCACUCCUUCAUUUCACAUUCACCUGCCUGCGAUUCUUUUUCAGAGUUGAUGAGAUAAUGCCAGACAUUAUUUUCCUCUGUGUGUGUGUGUGUGUGUAUCUGCAUGUGUGUCUGUGUGUGUGUCUGUGUCUGUGUGUGUCUGCAUGUGUGUCUGUGUGUGUGUCUGUGUCUGUGUGUGUCUGCAUGUGUGUGUGUGUCUGCAUGUGUGUCUGUGUGUGUGUCUGUGUGUGUCUGCAUGUGUGUGUGUCUGUGUGUGUCUGUGUCUGUGUGUGUCUCUGUGUCUGUGUGUGUGUCUGUGUCUGUGUGUGUCUCUGUGUCUGUGUGUGUGUCUGUGUCUGUGUGUGUCUCUGUGUCUGUGUGUGUGUGUAUGUGUGUGUGUGUGUCUGCAUGUGUGUCUGUGUGUGUGUCUGUGUCUGUGUGUGUGUCUGUGUCUGUGUGUGUGUCUGUGUCUGUGUGUGUCUCUGUGUCUGUGUGUGUGUCUGUGUCUGUGUGUGUCUGCAUGUGUGUGUGUCUGUGUCUGUGUGUGUCUGCAUGUGUGUCUGUGUGUGUGUCUGUGUCUGUGUGUGUCUCUGCAUGUGUGUCUGUGUGUGUGUCUGUGUCUGUGUGUGUCUGCAUGUGUGUGUGUGUCUGCAUGUGUGUCUGUGUGUGUGUCUGUGUGUGUCUGCAUGUGUGUGUGUCUGUGUGUGUCUGUGUCUGUGUGUGUCUCUGUGUCUGUGUGUGUGUCUGUGUCUGUGUGUGUCUCUGUGUCUGUGUGUGUGUCUGUGUCUGUGUGUGUCUCUGUGUCUGUGUGUGUGUGUAUGUGUGUGUGUGUGUCUGCAUGUGUGUCUGUGUGUGUGUCUGUGUCUGUGUGUGUCUGCAUGUGUGUGUGUGUCUGCAUGUGUGUCUGUGUGUGUGUCUGUGUGUGUCUGCAUGUGUGUCUGUGUGUGUGUCUGUGUCUGUGUGUGUCUCUGUGUCUGUGUGUGUCUGUGUGUGUGUGUCUGUGUGUGUAUCUCUCUGUGUGUGUCUGUGUGUGUCUGUGUGUCUCUGUGUGUGUGUAUGUGUAUAUGUGUGCAUGUGUGUGUGUGUGUGUGUGUAUUUCAGUUUGUCUGUCUGUGUGCAUAUGUAUGUACAGAUAAGGGUUCAUUGCCUAUGGAAAACAGAGAUGAACAUUGGGUAUCUCCCUCUUUUUCUCCACCUUAGUUUUUGAGGCAGGGUUUCUCGGUGAACCUAGCACUCAAACUCAACUAGAAUGCCUAUCAUUAAGCUACAAGGACCCACCUGUAACAACUUCCUCAGUGAUGGGGUUACAAGUGUACACCCAACUGAUUUAAUGUUGGUUCUCAGGAUCUGAAUUCAUAUCCUCAUGCCCACAAGCUGCCAUUAUUCCAACGGAGGCAUCUUCUUAGCUCCUUAGGGUGUUUGACUCCAUUCUCCAUGACUUGGGAGAAUGAGUGGAGUUUGAGCGCCUUGUGUCAUAUGCUCAGACCUGAGAAUCUGGAUGGAGCCUCUCCCUAAAAUGCCACUCAGUGGCAGGAAGAAGUCACUCUCCAUUGCCUGCCUUGGACACUUGGGUCAGAUUGAGAGAAGAUGCUGGGCAGAAACACUGACAAAUGAUUGUCACAGUUUGGAGGCAUCUCCCAACAGAAAUAGCUGAUAAGUUAGUUAUGGCCUCCUCAAAUAAGCAAAUAAAAUCUUUAACUUGUUGAGGGAGGCUGUAACUGUGCUCUGCUAGGGAGAAGGUGUGAGACAAUGACUGGCUCACCUUUUGAACUCCGUUUUUCUGACUUUAUAUCCGGGCUCUUUAACGUCCUUCUGGCUGCCUCUGCUUGCAUGUCAUUCUCGCUCAACUUCGGGCGCUUGCUUCCUUUCUCUGGGGCAGACUGGAUUCACUGGGCCCCUUCCAUUAACCUCUGGGUUCGUCCUCUCAUUGUGUCUGUCAGCAGCUGCAGGAGACGCUGAUUAUGUCGGGAGUCUCUGGAAGAGGAGAUGAGACAGCGAAGCACCAGAUGAUAAGGAGACCAACAAGAGAAGGAUCGCUAAGCCCUCAGCGCAAAGCGCAGCCAGGGCAGCUGCUGCCGCAAACCUCUGCAGUUGCUGGCUUUAGACAGGGGAAGGAUGAAUCAGUUUAGAUAACUCAGGAAUGGCUUGAACCUUUGCCCAGACCUCUGAAUGAACCACCAUCAAACCCUCUGCGUUUUCCCAAAUUAAG